AUGUUAAGAUCAAAUUUAGGCAGAGGGUCUCGAAUCCUCGCCAGACUAACCACUACACCAAGGAUGUACACAUCUGCGGCUGCGGCUGCAGCUGCGAAUCGGGGGCAUAUCAUCAAGACGUACUUUAAUAGAGACUCUACGACAAUUACCUUCUCCAUGGAGGAGUCCAGCAAACCGGUUUCCGUUUGCUUCAACAAUGUUUUCCUUAGAGAUGCGUCCCAAAGUGCCAAUCUGGUAACCACGGGAGAACUAUAUCAUAACGAGAAAAUGACCGCUCCUCAGGACAUUCAAAUCUCUGAGGACGGGAAAUCUUUAGAGGUGAAAUGGAAAGAUGGCGGUCAUCACCGGUUCCCUUUACAAUUCCUUGUCGACUAUAAGGGUUCCAGUUUUGUUUCACCAGCAACAAGAAAGCAGGAAUCUAGAUAUAAACCCCAGUUGUGGAACAAGCACAUCCUGAAAAAUAACAUCAAGGACUUGCUCUCCGUGAACUACAACGAGUUCAUUGACCCUAAGGAUGACUCCAAACUUUUCCAAGUGAUGGUCAACCUACAAAAAUUCGGUAUCGCCUUCAUUUCCGGUACUCCUUCAUCCCCCUCUGAAGGCCUUACCAUACAAAAGAUCUGUGAGAGGAUCGGACCCAUAAGAUCGACCGUACAUGGCGAAGGAACAUUUGAUGUGAAUGCAUCGCAGGCAACAAGUGUCAAUGCCCAUUACGCCAAUAAAGACUUACCAUUGCAUACGGAUUUACCGUUUUUGGAAAAUGUACCAGGUUUUCAAAUUCUACAAUCUUUGCCUGCUGCGAAAGGGGAAGAUCCCAAUACUAGACCCAUGAAUUAUUUUGUGGACGCAUUUUAUGCUACGCGUAAUGUUAGAGAAUCGGAUUUUGAAGCUUAUGAAGCUUUACAAAUCGUUCCUGUAAAUUAUAUUUAUGAAAACGGUGAUAAGAGGUACUACCAAUCCAAACCUUUGAUCGAGCAUCACGACAUUAACGAAGACAAUACUCUGCUAGGUAAUUAUGAGGCCUUGAUCAAAUGCAUCAACUACUCCCCCCCAUAUCAGGCACCUUUCACUUUCGGAAUUUAUGAUAAGCCCUCAGAUCUUAAUAACAAUCCGGACUUGAAUUUAAUUACAACGCCAGCUAAACUAACAGAGAGAUUUUUGUUUAAGUCGUUCAUUAGAGGGUUGAAUCUGUUCGAGAGUCAUAUUAAUGACUUCAGCAAUCAAUUCAGAUUGCAGUUGCCGGAAAACUGCUGUGUUAUCUUUAACAACAGGAGAAUUUUGCAUGCCAACUCUUUAACAAGCUCAAAUCAACAAUGGUUAAAGGGUUGCUAUUUCGAUUCUGACACUUUCAAGAGUAAGUUGAAAUUCUUAGAAGAGAAGUUUCCUAAUGACAAAUAA